UCUCCCCCCGCCCCCGCCUCACCAGUCGCUUGUUGCUGACCCCAGCAUCAGACCCACUCCCCGGCCCUCAAGUCACGCCGCGGCUGAGGAAAUUUCUUUGCGCAGAUGCCAUAUCUCGAUGAGUCCCUCUUGUGCACCAGGAAAACUAAUGGAGAUCCCUGAGGAAGUCCUGGCCACGAUAUUUUCUUACUUGUCAGUGCGUGACAGGCGCUCGGCCUCACGGGUCUGCAGACGCUGGGCGGAUGCUGUUGCUUCUCCUCUUGUGUGGCACCACACAUCAGUGAGCUGUGCCCUGGGAGAGGAGGAUGAGUGGAGUGUGCAAGCAUGCAGCCAGUUCCAGCAGAACAUGAAGUACCUGAAGAUUUUGUGCGACCAGUCCGUGGAGGCAAAUCGCAAGAACGUGGCAGAGAUCCUGCACAAUGUAGCAGCGUCAGUAACUGGGCUCUUGGGCCUCACUAUUGUGUGCACCGGUGAAAAUCCCUACUUCUACUCUGGACGAGACUUGUUGCAAAGUGUCAAUAGUUUAUUCACAGCAAAUGCUUGUCCACAUCUCCGGCACGUGGACUUCAGAAAACUGACGUUCACUUUGGACGAUGGCAUCAUUCACCUUGUCACCAGCAAAAGUCCGUGUUUGGAGAGUCUGUUCAUCAAUAAUAAGACGUUGGUGUGUAAAGUGACCUCAGAAGUAGUUAAAGAGGCUCUGAGAAAUUGUCCAAAGCUAUCUACUCUGGGAUUGUUUUACACAACUUUGACAGAAAAUGUGCUUGCUGAGUUGCUUCAUGUUGAACGUCCACCAGUGAAACUCCUUCAGCUACACUGUGAGCGUAUGGACAAAUAUAAGCCAACCAUCCCAGCUGAAGCGUGGGAGGCUGUGGCAAGGAGACAUCCAGCCCUCUCUGUUGACAUUGAAUUGGAUCACACAGUCCCUGCUAAGAAAAUAUCCCAAAUCCUGCAAUCUGCUAUCCCAGUAUCCAGUGUAGAGUUAAAUACCUUCACUUUUAUGGUGGAGCAAGUCAACUUUAUCUCCCAGAAUUACCAAGGCACCUUGAAAAGGUUGGUUCUCCAGACAACCUCCUCAGACGAACUGAACCGGGCAUUGAGGAGACUGGCAUCUUGCUGCCGAUCUUUGGAGGAGAUACACUGCUAUUGUGUGGUGUCUGCAGACACUGUGCGCACUUUUCUACUUUGCUGCCCCAUACUCCGCAGAUAUACACUGAAAACAACCAAAGAACCUCACCCCUGGCUGCCAGAAAUCCUACAAUAAUUUUGGGAGGAAAUGUGGAUUGAUCCUAGCUGUCUUCUAACAUAUAGGGGCAGCACGAUAGCGCAGCGGCAGAGUUACUGCCUUACAGUACCACAGACCCGGGUUUGAUCCUGACUACGGGUGCUGUCUACCCGGAGUUUGUAUGUUUACC